AUGCUCUCUCGCAGUGUGCGUACAUUUCGUGCCGCAAUUGCACGACGUAGCUCUCGCUUAAAUACUGCGGCGGAUUUUCACUCUUCCAAUGCCGUUCAAAGCAGUUUUGUGCAGCACCGUGACACGGAAGAAAACAAUGCUGAUACACCAUUUGAUUUCACGCCUGAAAAUUACGAGCGUGUCCACGCCAUUUUGGAUCGCUACCCGGAGAACUACAAAUCGUCAGCUAUUAUUCCGCUGCUAGACCUAGCGCAACGUCAACAUGGUGGCUGGCUUCCACUCGCCGCUAUGAACAAGGUGGCCCGCAUUGUGGACGUCAAACCUAUCCAAGUCUAUGAGGUUGCCACCUUUUACACCAUGUUUAAUCGUGAAAAGGUGGGCAAGUAUUUUAUCCAGCUAUGUGGAACGACGCCCUGUAUGAUUUGUGGUUCCGAGGAGAUCAAAAAGACGAUUGAGACGCAUCUUGGGAUUAAAGAAGGUGAAACUACCAAGGAUGGGAAGUUUACGCUGCGAGAAGUUGAGUGCCUUGGCGCGUGUGCAAAUGCUCCUAUGGUGCAGAUCAAUGACGACUUUUACGAAAAUCUUACGCCCGAAACGACGCGCGAGUUGUUGGACGCGUGUAAAAAGGAUGCAACGCCUCCUAUGAGUAAGUGGGGCAGUUUGCCGAUGAAUGGUCAGCUAUCUUGCGAAGGUCCGCAGGGCAAGACGUCACUUAAGUGGGAGAAGCCACCUGGACCAGGUUUUCGAAUGCGCCCAGAUGAAGACCUCAAGCCUAAGAUUAAUCCGAAGGAUAUAAAAGACGCCAUGCUGUACUAG